GCGAACACAGCAAGGUAAUACGCUGCAAAAAGUAAACAUCAACAGUUUCAACCGAAGGACCUCAUCAUAAACCAACAAUGAAGCUGCUGUCUUUAUUCCUUCUGGCCUAUAUUGCUUACUCUACCGCUAAAGUUGUUCCUGCUUCGACUAGCAAUCACCUCAGCAUUGACCAGCAUGGCAAAAGGGUUUAUGCGGAUGUGGCCGAGGAUAAAUGCGACUACUUUUGUCCCGAAAAGGAUCCUACGGUGUGUGCCACCAACGGACAAUGCCUCCUGAAGUUUGAGAGCCGCUGUGCCAUGACAGCCUACAACUGCCGCAAUCCCCAGAAAAUCUUUAAGCUCGUGGAGGAUCAUCGCUGCACGCAGGACUGGCAGCCUCUUUGCAUGGAGUCUGACCUCAGGGAGUUUGGCUUGUGA